AUGAAUCCAUCUCUCAAAGGCAAACUUUCGCCUUUAUCAAUAAAACUUUUUGAAGCCAAAAAAGAGAAAAAGCUCACGUUUGCGGAAAUUGGUGAAAAACUUGGCAAAGACGAAGUCUGGGUCGCUGCUGUGUUUUAUGAACAGGCUAAACCAGAAGAAUCAGACCUGGUUAAACUAGGUGUACUUUUGGAUAUACAGGAAAACUACCUUAUAAAUAGCUUCGAUGUGCAUACUUAUUUCCCCAAUCGUGGAGGAUUAUUUGAUUUACCACCUGCGGAUCCAUUGAUUUAUCGCCUCUAUGAAAUAAUUCAGGUCUACGGAUACCCGUUAAAGGCUAUUAUCAAUGAAAAGUUCGGUGAUGGCAUCAUGUCUGCGAUUGAUUUUACCGCCAAUGUUGAAAAGGUCGAAAAAGAUGAUCAAGAGAGAGUAAAGAUUACACUCGAAGGAAAGUAUUUGCCAUUUAAAAAAUGGUAA